AUGGCAGGCGGAGGCAGAGGACGCGGCGGCGGCUGGACCUCCCUGCCGGCGGAGCUUAUCCAGGAAGUAUCGGACCGUCUGCAGGCCGACGUGGACCAAAUCCACAUCCACCAGGUAUGCUCCCACUGGCGCGCGUCCACCGCCCCGCUCGCAGCCUGCCGUCCGUGGAUCGUCGCCGCCCACUACCGCCGCCGCAACCCUGUUAGCGCCGUUGACCCUGUCUGCGACCACUCCUUCUGGCUGCCCCGCGGUGGAAAAAGGAUGCACUCCCGGGCCCUAGGCCCGGCGGGCCUCCCCUACUGCUGCGGCACGCCCCGUGGCUGGCUCGCCCUAACGGACGACCUGCAAUCCCCCACGACCACGAGGCUAAUCCUCUGGGAGCCCCUCUCCCAAGCUGAGAUUCCUCUGCCGCCUUUGACAACCGUCGCUCAACUAUUCCUCUCCGGCGACCCGCUCGCCUCGCCGGCGGGCUGGAUGGCGAUCGCGAGCCAGGAAAUCCGGGGCGCACAGAUCGAGCACAUGCUCUUCUUUUGGCGUCCUGGAGACGCGGCCUGGACGAUACUGCCUGGGUACCCUGUAAACCGGAUCGACGGCGCAGCCUUCCACCAAGGCAGGCUCUACAUCUCCAACAUGGUGGGCAUGAGAGUCAGCAUCUUCGAUCUCCAGCAGCAUCCACCCAAGCGUCUGCUGCGUAUCUCCCUCUACACUCCUCUGCGAACGCGGUAUCCAAGCCGCCUACCCGGGAAUCCGGUGCCACACGUGAUUGUGUAUCGUGGAUCAGGAAGCCCCGGCCCCGUGAUCCUUGUAGAAGUGCACCACCUGGAUUGGGCUGCCGAGCGCCUCGACUUCGGGGGGGAGAAGGUGACGGAUCUCAGCGACUACUCGCUCUUCUUGGGCCGGGGUGACAGCCUCGCGCUCUCUGCAAAGGACUUCCCUGCCAUUUGGAGAAAUUGUGUCUACUUUGUGGAGCACGAUACAAGAAAGCAUGAGCAAUGGGUUAUUGUGUUUGAUUUGGGAUCAAACGCGCUCGAACGAAUUCCCCACCCACAAGAGCACAUGGAGGGCGGCUGCAAAAACAGUGUCUGGUUAGGCUAUUCGUGGUUCUGUCCUAGAAGGCCCUUCGUUGAGGCCCUAUGAGGCUCGAUCGCGGUUGAUGAUCUGGAAAUAAAGAAGGAGAUAUUUUCAUAUUAGAGUGGCCUCAUCUAGACAUCGCAAAAUAAGAGGUGUUGUCGACCUGACAAUUAUGAGCUGCGCUACUCCUCCAACGAAUCAUAAAUUGAAGCAUGGGCCCUGAUAGAUUCCACGUUUUGUAUGGAAUUGUUAGGCUGGUUCGCUAUAUAUCUCUAGCGCUUCGUAACUAUUAUUCAACAAUUAGACUAGUUCAAAUAAUUUAUCUUUUGCCACCCUUUGUUCUUUAGUCUAUGAGCAAGCUUGGUGUUUUGGAUAAAACAUCACACAGUAUAUCGCAUCUUUUUAAUCUUUUUUUGUGCGGUGCAUUCAUGUUUGUACUAUGGCCAGAAUAAGGUGUUAUCUUUGACUGCAGCUCGGUGGUGAAUGACAAUGGAUGACUGCAAUAUUAUGAUUUAUUAUUUAUGAUGGCUUCCCCCCAACUCGUUGCCUUGUUUCUCUCUCCCUCGCAUCACUCGGUUUCCUUCCACCGGCGCCGUCCGCCUCUCGACCAUGACCAAGUGCAACAAUGGCUCCUCUUUGCAGCCUCAUAGCCAUAGAUCGAGAGCAUCAUUUUAGCAGUAACAAGCUUUGUACCAAUUUAUUUUGUGGUUAUCAACAGGCUUGGUUGAUCAGGAAAAAAAGAGAUUUUUCAGUUCUGUACAUGUAUUCCUUCAUCAUAUUAAAAACCAUAGAAUAUU